UCUGGUCCUCAGACCAGUUCAAACGUAUUGCUGACAACGCACUCGUUGACUUGACAACAAGGAAUUGAGUUCUAUCAGUAGGACCUAUGUUCUUUCUACUGUUUUCGUCUUUUCAUAGCCCACAAAUUUGUAAAUAAGAAUGUCGCCUGUUCCGGUUCUUGUAAAAUUUGGUCUUUUGCCGGAGAAACACACAGCUUUCUUUCUGUGUGAUAUUCAGGAAAAAUUCCGUCCCGCUAUGCUUCAUUUUCAGGAGAUAGUGCAAGCUGCAGAUAAGUUGGUGCAGGCAAGUAGAAUUUUAGAUAUACCAUUGAUAGUUACUGAACAAAAUCCUGUCGGCUUGGGGAGCACUGUCAAAGAACUUGACAUCAAUCAUGCAGUUGGUGUUCACAGUAAAACAAAGUUUAGCAUGAUCAUCCCUGAAGUUAUGACACAAAUCAAUGAUGUUUGUGGUGGACAUCUCCAGUGUGUUGUUCUCUUUGGAAUUGAGACCCACAUAUGUGUGGAGCAAACUGCAGCAGAGCUCUGUGCUAGAGGUUACAAGGUUCAUAUUGUUGCUGAUGCGUGCACUUCCCGUACACAAGAGGACCGGCUCUUAGCAUUUGAGCGACUUCGUCAAAUGGGCUGCUUCAUAACUACAACAGAAACAGUUAUCUUUAAGCUUCUUGGAGACAAGGAACACCCAAAGUUUUGUGAUAUGCGACCUUUGUUUAAAAGUCCCACAACUUGUACCGGUCUUGCAUUUUCUGCAAACUCUGCCAAAACUCAAUCAAACACUUAGGACACUCACUUCAAUCCUCAAAAAAGAAGCAUUUUCAACAGUUAUUAACACACGUCUAAUAAAAUGAUUCAAUAUUUCAAA